GUAUGAAGGUGGCUUGACUGAAGGUUGUAGAGGCAGAGGUCGCUCAACUCAAGUAGUUCACCAACAAAAGGGAUGAGGUACUCAAAGAGUAUCUUGUCAAAGAAGCGGAAAAACUGCAAGCACCUCUCGAAGAUGCUGAACAUCUCCUGAGGAUUGGUAAGGGAUUCUUUCCCACCGCAGCAAAGUCAUGUCGAGCUCCCGAGACACCGGAUUUGUCGUACCCUUCCGUGAAGGAUUCAUCCGUUCAAUACGACCUCGAGCCGAUGUGUCUUCCGCCGGACCCUCGACUCAGCCCCCUCACGGCCAUCCAUUCGACCCCCCUACCGCUCCUCGAGCCGAUGUGUCUUCCGCCGGACCCUCGACUCAGCCCCCUCACGGCCAUCCAUUCGACCCCCCUACCGCUCCUCGAGCCGAUGUGUCUUCCGCCGGACCCUCGACUCAGCCCCCUCACGGCCAUCCAUUCGACCCCCCUACCGCUCCUCGAGCCGAUGUGUCUUCCGCCGGACCCUCGACUCAGCCCCCUCACGGCCAUCCAUUCGACCCCCCUACCACUCCUCGAGCCGACUUCAAUCGAGCCCCGUUCCGACCUCGAUCCUCCCAGGAGCCAACGUCAAGUCGGGCUCACUUGGCUCAACCGGCACCGACCUAUCUCGAAGGGAAGGUUGCCCAGCUGAACGGACAGGUCAAAGGCCACAAUGGCCGUAUGUUGACUUUGGAGGCGGAGAAGACUCGGUUGAAGGAUGUAGAGGCGGACGUCGCCCGCCUGAAGCGAAACAGUAACGAGAGGGAUGAGGCCUUGAGGGGGUAUCUGGUCAAAGAAGCGGGAAGGCGUCGGGCGGCUCUCGAAGACACUGAGCACCUGCUGAGGAUCUGUUCUUCCAACGAAGGGCCCUCUACGUUGUCGACUGAGGAGAAUACCCGCUCUCUCUCGUCUUUACCUACCGCCAGCUCUCUUUCCUCUCUGCCUACAUCUGCCUCCCUCGUCUCUUUGGGACCUUUAUUGCCUUAUCCCAAGCUGAGGAGGUCGUUGCCACCUAUCAGUCCUGGACAAUGGGACCGAAACCUGGAUAUGGCCUUCAAGCUUGAAAGGAUUCAGGAGCUGCGGAGGGAGAGGGAACGGGACACAGAAGAGAGGGAACGGCAGAGGAAGCGGGACGAGAAGAGGGAUCGGUAUGAGAGGAGGGACAUGGAGACGAGGGAGCAUAGGGGAGAGUGGAAGGGGCGAGAGCAGAGGGAACGAGAUGAGAGGAGGAACAUGGAGACGAGGGAGCAGAGGGACAUGGAGACGAGCGAGCAGAGGGGAGAGUGGAAGGGGCGAGAGCAGAGGGGCGAGAAGCGGGAGCGGUCCAAGGAGGACAGCGGAAGGGGCGGAAAGACAGCUCGGACAGGCUACUAGUGAUUUGCACGCAGUCCCUGUUCAUCUCCAUUUGAUUGA